CUUGAGCGCUGUUGCUAGUUUUUUAUGCGAGGAACUCCCGGACUACUUCGGCAACCCGUUAUAACGGUCGACAUGGCGACCGAGGAAAUAACAAAGCGUUUUCUUAUGAAAAGAUGAAGAUAGCCGAUACUCCACCAGAAUGGGUUUCUGGUUUCACACCAUGUGUUGAUCACCCUGGAUGUGUGAACUUAUUCAAGAACUCCUGUGUUGAGAAGAUUUUUUGAUUCCAGUGGAAUCUUCCAUUUUUCCUCCCAAUCUAUUUUGUUCCUUUUUGUUAAAUGAAACACCCAAUCACACACAGACACGCACGCACACCUUGGAGAAACCCCCUCACCUUUUUUUACAUGUAGAACACCCUUGCUACGAUGCCUGUACAAGCUCCACAAUGGACAGAAUUUUUACUGUGCCCAAUAUGCACCCAAACCUUCGAAGAGACUGUGCGUCGGCCCAUCAGUCUGGGUUGUGGCCACACAGUUUGCAAGAUGUGCCUCAACAAGCUGCACCGCAAGGCCUGUCCAUUCGAUCAGACGGCCAUAAACACUGACAUUGAGCAGUUGCCCGUCAACUCUGCCCUGUUACAGCUGGUCGGGGGUCAGGUGUCCAAACAGCAACCUGUGGCACUCAUUACCUGUCCAGAGGACACCAAGCAUUAUGAUGAGGCACGACAGUGUGUUGAGGAGCUGGCCCUCUACCUCAAACCCCUCAGCAGUGCACGAGGAGUGGGGUUGAGUAAUGCUGCUCAGAGCAUGCUGAGCCGCCCCAUGCAGAGGAAGCUGGUGACUUUGGUGCACUGUCAGCUGGUGGAGGAGGAGGGCAGGAUCAGGGCCAUGCGGGCAGCCCGCUCUUUGGGCGAAAGAACUGUCACAGAGCUCAUCCUGCAGCACCAAAACCCCCAGCAGCUCUCCUCCAACUUGUGGGCUGCUGUGAGAGCCAGAGGCUGCCAGUUCCUGGGCCCAGCCAUGCAGGAGGAGGCACUAAAGCUGGUGCUGUUGGCAUUGGAAGAUGGAUCUGCUCUUUCCAGGAAGGUUUUGGUCCUCUUUGUGGUUCAGAGAUUGGAGCCAAGGUUUCCUCAGGCCUCCAAAACCAGUAUUGGACAUGUAGUUCAGCUCCUAUACCGUGCCUCCUGCUUCAAGGUGACUAAACGAGAUGAGGAUUCAUCACUAAUGCAGUUGAAAGAGGAGUUCCGCACGUAUGAGGCACUUCGGCGGGAACAUGACUCUCAGAUUGUUCAAAUUGCCAUGGAGGGAGGACUCCGUAUCGCCCCCGAUCAGUGGUCUUCUCUACUUUAUGGAGACCAGUCCCAUAAGUCCCACAUGCAGUCCAUUAUUGACAAGCUGCAGACGCCAGCAUCGUUUGCUCAGAGUGUGCAGGAGUUGACCAUCGCACUGCAGAGGACGGGUGACCCCGCCAACCUCAACCAGCUAAGACCUCACCUCGAGCUGCUCGCUAACAUUGAUCCCAGUCCAGAUGCUCCUCCACCGACCUGGGAGCAGCUAGAGAAAGGGCUUGUUGCGGUAAAGACGGUGGCACAUGGCCUGGUGGACUUCAUUCAGAACCACAGCAAGAAAGGUGCUGACACACAGCAGCUGCCCCAGCACAGCAAAUAUAAGACCUAUAUGUGCAGAGACAUGAAGCAGAAAGGAGGCUGUCCCAGAGGAGCAAGCUGCACCUUUGCCCAUUCACAGGAGGAGCUGGAAAAGUACCGUAAAAUGAACAAACGUCUUGCAGCACGUGUGCCCUGCCCUGCUGGUUUGCUGCCUGAUGAGUUGGUUUCUCUUGAGCCUGGGCGAAAAGCAUUAGCUCUUGCCAAUGGCAUUGACACACCUGGUCCUGGGACCCCUCUCCCCCAGCUCAUCCCCAGAGGCACAGAUCCCUCUGCAUAUGACCUCUUACCCAAGAUGGACUCUAACCUGAGUGCUCCUGGGUCACCACCUGACUGUUUGGAUAAAUCUGGCCUGGCCCUGACACCCCACCCUGUGCCUCACCCCAGGGUCGAGCACUUACCCAUACACAAGCAGGUGCCAGUCAUGUCCAGAGGUGCACCACAGAUGUAUCCACAACAGCAGCCCGAGCUCUUCUACCCUGAGCCAGGCAGACCACCUCCCUCAGGAUCUCAGUAUGAAGCUCAGUACUCAGCAGGCAACCCCUACCCUUAUCAACCUUCACAGUAUGUACCUUCCCGCUACAUCCGUAACCAACCUCCCCUGGGCGAGUCUGCAGUGCCCCCUUACCCAGAGCCCUACCCAGGUUAUGGCCCAGAGCGCCAAUAUCAGGGCCACCACUCUGGUCCUCCUUUCUCAGCCCACCCCUACGCAACAACCUCCCAUUAUAGCCGCAGACACGGACACUAUCCUGCACCCCCACCUCCGUUUGCCCCUUCCAGAGAUGACUUUGUCAGGAUGAGCCCGGUUCCUAUGGACGUUCCCCCAGCCCCUAUGCCUCCACCUCAAACAGGGUCUGCAGGGUCUCUGUACCACCCCCAGGAGAUUUUAUCCCGAGACAGAUACCCACAUGAUGGGUACUAUAAUUCUGGACCACACCCCAGCCAAUUGAGGUCCCACAUAAGAGACCCAUACAGCCGCUCUCAGCCUAGUCUGGACGACUUGCACCGCAGGCGUAAGGAGCUGCUGGUCCAGCUGGAAGAGAGAAAUGUCAUCUCUCCUCCACCUUUCGCUGCCUCCCCCACCCUGUCCACUCACCCGUUCACCAAUGACUACCCUCAGGAGUAUUUGGAGGAUGGGUCUAAAGCCUUUGGAAGUCGGGAGCCGGACUAUGCUGGGCAGUAUUCCCCCUGGUCAUGUGACACCAUAGGAUCAUACAUUGGCUCCAAGGAUGCUAAACAAAAAGAUAAUGCAGAAGCAAAAGUUCUGUGCGAGCCUCCAUUGGACACCCAGCGACGCUCAGCAGAAGCCAAAGACGAUGACCCCAUCAUUCCCUUUGGUCCUCUGCCUACAGUGUCUCCCUUUGGAGCUAUUUCACGCACCUCUAAAACGGGUUACCAGACCACUGGGCCAGUACAGGCCAUGGCCUCCUCACAGGCCUCAGGCUCCAAACACAUGACCAUGACAGCAGACUACUCAUAUGGUAACCACAGUGGUUGGGGUGGAGCAUCGUACCCUCAACACCAGAGCAUGAACUCUCAGGGACACUUCAGCGAGCGUGUGCCCGUGUCUGGCCCUGAUCGUGAGCAGCUCAAGAUUGAACUACAGCAAGUUAACCAGCAGAUCAACCAGCAGACCCGUGGCAUGGAGGCUGCCAGUAACUCCAUGCUCCUGCAGAGGGAGGCGUGUGCGUUGGCAUCUCAGCCUGCGCCGGCUGUGAAGUGGUCUUCAGGUGGCGCUGUGUCCAGUGAGCAGCUCAGCAUGGAGCUUCAUCACGUAGAGCGAGAGAUUGGAAAAAGAACCCGUGAAAUUGCCAUGGAGAACCAGGUGGCCCAUGAAUACAAGCUGAAGGCCACAGAGAACGGGCAGCCUGACCAUAAAGCCCAGCUGGAGGAACUCUCUUUAGCUUUAAGUGAGGUGUCUAAUGGAUCCAGUGGCAUGAAGCCAGCCAGUAAUCUGGGUGGAUCUAUGCUGUCUCUGAGCAAUAAGACAUCUUCUCUCACCCUCUGCUCGGUAGAGCAAGCGGCGAGUAGCUCAGACCUUCAAAAGAAUGGUGUUGUGCAUUCUUGCUCAUAAGAGUGUAUUUACACACAUACACAAACAACCUCACCACCUCCAAAAGUCAAUUUCUUUCUUGGUGGGCUUAAAAACGUCUCUUGACUCAUUCAGGAUCAUUAGAAUGACGUCAACAUGCGUUUUGUAAUAUUCAGACGGAGCUAUGAUGCUGAGGGACGCAUUCUCACAAACGCACACACAUUUGCAUGCUGCUACAUGCAUGCACAAACACAAACUUCUCUGUUGUAUUAUUUAGAGAAAUGAGCAGUAUCUGCCGUGAUAUACAUUUUCUUUCUUUUUGUUCUGUGAAUGAGCUUUUAGUUUUAAAUGACUUCUCAUCCCCUGGAAACCAGGGCAUCUGAGCAAUGCUGACUUUUUGUUGUGUUUCCCUUAAAGCGACAAAGAACAGUAAGCCCAAAGCUAGCAUGGAAAAGAUGAUGCAAAUUUGAUAAUUGGUGGAGUCAAAACAAGAAUCAAGCAAACUGAGUUUUUAGCAUUAGGGCUAGUCGGGGCCUCUCUUGAAACGUUUAACUCCUUGGAUCUUUGCAGCCUUGAAUAUGAUCUGACUCACCUGGUUUCAAGUAGCAUGGAGAACCUUUUGUGAAUCCAUUUUUAUGGACCGUUAACACGGGUCUCCCCACAUGAAACACAACUGUGGCAGUGUAUCGCUGUAAGGCAGGCAGACUGAACUCUGGAUAACACAAGGGAAAAGAUAUUUAAUCGGUUGUCAGGUUUAGUUUAAUUUAUGGUUUGGCUAUACAACUGUUAAGGAAUUUAUAAAUGUACAAUAACACGUUUAACGCAUUCCGUUUUAUAGAAUGCAAACAAAUGUCUUUAAAAUUGAGCACUUUUUUCAAUGUUUUUCCAUGAGUGUAUACUUUUUUGUAGAGGAGGUGCAACAGUUCAAGUCCUUUGUGUUCUUCAGAGCUUUGUGGUUUGGAAUGAUUUUCUUUUUCCUCAUACUGCCACAGUUGUUUUGUAAGAUUUCAGCCUAUUAGGAAAUAAUUUCAUCAGUUUCCCCUAACUUCUGUGAAGUUGCUUAUUUGGCUCUCCUGGUUGAGUUUGCAUAUUCGGGUCUUGCCGCAAAAUCGCUGCAUGGAAAUAUAGGGUGCGUAGUUUCAACCAAACCGGGUCCCAUAGAGUUACAGUUUAGACACUCUGGAGAAAAUUCCUGAAAUUUGCAUGAAUAAAAGUCCUGAUGGGUUUCCAGCCAGGUGUUCAUAUUAGAUUAGCUAUUUGAUGUCUUUAAAAUUACUUAGAUCUGUAAUUGUCCUCUUGAUAAAUUCGUUCAGAAUCAGUUCUCCAGAGACAAUUACGAAUUUCUUCAGAAACAUGAGAAGCAAAUUUCAGUGUAAAUAGCUUGUAAACACAAUUCUUGCACAAACAAUUGCAAUGAAUUGAAUGCAACAGUGUACGUAGGGAAUGGUUUUACAAACGAUUUACACAAUUUGUUUUGCAUGUGUUUUGUGAAUGAGACCCAUUGAGUUUAAACCUCAAUCACCCUGCUUUGACUGAAAUGUGUGUUUUUACACAAUCUAUUCAAUGACUGUUUAAAAACGAGGCCCCAUAAAACAAAGAGAACAAGAUUAUUUGAAGUCCGAUGUCUUACUAUAGUGAUGACAUUCUUCACGUGUGACAUUUUGUUCUAGUCUCUUGAGACCGACUAUUAUAUACAGCUCCAAUUUUGGGUGCAACCUCUUAACGUGUAAUCGUUGUCAUUUUUGUGCUAUAGACAUGAUGGUUAUAGUUGAUUUAUCCUAUUAUUAUGACGAUGACUUGUCAUUUGUUAUUUGAUGUUCUUGCUCGUGAAAGAGCACACAGCCUUUUCAAGCAAUCGUCAAGAUUGAAGUCAAGCUGUACUGACACGAAGAGGUGACGUCGACCCUCCUGAUGAGGUGUAAACUUACUGUGAUGUUAAUCACAUUCGCUUAGCAAAUUCUCCAGAAUGUCAACUUUCUUAUUGCUAAAUUGUUACCUCCUCCUACUCCUUGAAGAGGAAAUACAAUUCUCUAUGAAUUUUUGUAGCAUUCCAUGCUGUUGAAGAUGAAAAAUCCCAUGACCUUGUUAAUGCGGUGUAGUGUAGCCAACGAUUUCUCUGCUGAGCCUCUUGUUUCCCCUCUGGUGAAUCUAGCCUCUGACUAGAGCUUCAUUAUCUUCCAUCUGCCCUUAAAAGUUUUAGGCUUUGAAGUAUCCUCAAAUUAGACAAUUGGGUCACACUUCACCCCAAAAUAAAAAAAGACAUUUAAAAUUUUAUUUGAUAUAAGGUAAAUUAAGCAGAUUUUUAAGGCCAUUCAGUUAUUUAUACAUUUUUUAUGACAUUUUUUGGUAUUGUGGCAUUGUAAUAUUUUAGGGAAUUUUACUUUUGAAUAUAAACAAAAGGCCCAUUAUUCUCAGUGGGGAUUCUCAUUAGAUACAUUGUAUUGCAGUACAUUUUUACUGUAAUUCAGUUCAGUAUGAUAGUAAAAAUCACUGUAACACAAUUAUUUUUAAUUAAAUUAGCAUAAAUUAACAGCAGUGCAACAAUUUCUACAAUAACAGAUAAAUACUUUGCUUAAUGGUCCUAAAAAUAAAAUUAAAGUCUAAUUUUCUAUUGAAGGUAAUUGUAGCCGAUUUUAAGGACCAUUAAUAUGUCCAUUAAGAUUAUAUUUAUGACAUUUGUGUUUUUUAAUGUAAUAUGUUGUCAUUGUUUUUAUUACAAAAAAAAAAAUCGCAUUUUCAAUGGUGAUUUUCAUUAGAUUCAUGUAAUUUUACUGUAAUAUGAUACUUUAUUCCAGCAAAAAAUUACAAAUACAAUUUAUUACAUCAGCAAAAAUGAAAGGCAGUACAACAAACACCAACAUUAUGUAAACAUGCUUUUUUUCACAUUACUGUAAUGAGAAUUCAAUUUUUAUUAUUAGUCAUAAAAAUAAUGGCUCAAUUCAUAAAUUGUUAAUGUUGCUUAAAUAGGCGUAAUUUUCUUGAGGCAAAAUUGAAAUGAGUUAUUUCUUAUUUGGGGUGAAUUUUGACCUGGGUGAAUAUGAGUGGUGAAUACACUUUGGAUAUCUGUCUUUUACAUGCCACCUCACCUAUCCAAUCUGCAUUUCUUCAACUAUUUACUUGUGAAUUAGCCAAAUUAAUCAAAUAUUUUUAAUUAAACUGAGGACCAUUGCACCAGGAGGAUAUAAUACGCUCACUGAAAGCCCUUUAUUUAUAAACAAAGAGAAGGAAAUGAUCGCUUACUGCUUAAACUUUCAUAGGACAUGUUUAGAAAGUGGCUACUCGAUAAGUGACAUCGAUAAAGGCAUAUGAACCAGAUUACUACCCACAGUACAUGGCAAGGCUUGUUAUGCCGAGGAAAGGAAUUGUUUUUAGAAUUGUCCUCCAGCUAAAUUUACAGGAGCUUUGCUAACAUGCUCCAGUCACCAUCUUUGGUUUUGUACUAGCGUGGUGAGCAUUUGAUUUCGCAAAGCCAAUUGCUAAUAUGACAAUUAAACAGCACCUGACACAUUAGCCAACGCUUGGCGGGUGUACUGAUACUUUUUCGUUUGGCUUUUGUAGAGUGCCCAAAGCUGUACUACAGUAAGCAUUCUCGAGUGGUGCAUUGCAGGAUGCUUUUUAUUUGAAUCUUUGGAUUGUAUGGGAAUGUGCUAUCUUGUAUUUAAUAUUUGGCACUUGCUUGGGUGCUAUAGAAUAAUUUUUCCCCUCUAAAUAUCAGUGAUCUCACUGAGCGAAUUACUUCUGCGUGGAUAUUUUUAGUUUGUUUUAUGAUCAUGUCAACCAUCUUAAUGGGAAAACACUCAGUAAGGCUCAUUUACAGUUUCGUGCAUGAGGUUUUUCCCUCAACAGAGAAAUUGCAGGAUAAAGUGAUUGUCUUUGAGAAUAGGUCUGUUCCUAAUAGAUGAUAUUCAUUUCUCUGCCUUGAUUGUGUCUGUUUUGAACAGACCUGUUGAAUUCAUUUAAAAGGAAAGCAAAUGAACUCAUUUUGAAGCUUAUAACACUGUUAUGACUGUCUUUUUUUGUUUUAUUCCUACCUUUUUGGGAAAUGUAAUGGCUUUUUUAUGAUUACUUUCAAGUUGUCUUGUAUAAUCUCUUAAAUUAAGGUACAGGCUCAAUUUCAACAAGGAAAGGUUUUAUAUAUAUAAAUAUAUAUUAUACUCCAUUAAGGAAUGUUUAGAACCAUCUUACUCCAAUGUGGAUGUAGCCAUUAUUACGCCAUUUUAUGACUUUGUAAAAGAAUUCACUGUGUGAAAAUUGGUUUGCAUUUUUGUAUAAUACAAUCUGCUUUUUUUGUUUGUUUGUUUGAAAGGGAGGUGAAACUGGAUGUUAGUGGACAAGAUUUUUAAAAAUAAUAAUUUAACAUAAACCUGUGAUAUUGAGAAGAAAAUGUUACUUGUGUACAACAAUGAAUCUAAAUGAGAGGGAUGGAAUAAACAAUAUUGGGAACA